AUGGAAUGCUCUAAAGAUAUGGGUUUACAGAAGAGACACAGUCAGUUUAGUGAUACUAAGUACAAAUGGAGGACUGUACUUGUGUUUGUUAUGUUUGGUGUUUGCGUUUCUAACGGACAAGCUGUAUGGAGUGAAACGGAUCCUUAUUUACUAAACAAGUCAUUAGGACUGACUGAGUUACCUGGAGGUGUGUUAGCUGGAGGUCGAACACAUUGGAAAUUAAAUGGUAGCCCGUAUCUGCUUCGAGAUGAUCUUCUUGUGGAAAGGGAAGCUGAGUUGGUGAUUGAACCCGGGGUGGAAUUGAAGUUCUCCCCCAUGGUUGGAAUAACAGUUCGCGGGAAACUGGUCGCGGUGGGAAAUCAUAAUAGUAAGAUAACAUUUACGAGUACUGAAGAACCAGUGAAGUCAUCACAAUUACCUGCUAUCAGACUGGUUGAUGGUCCAUCCAUCCUCGCUGGUAGGGUGCAGAUCCUACACAAGGGAAAAUGGAGAUCAGUAUGCACCAAUUCGAGAAAUUGGACUAUUAACGACAUGGAGACUGCGUGCAGGCAAUUAGGUUUCAUGGGCGGAACGUUCUACAACUGGAUGGACAGACAGCCGGGUCGGCACGCCCGCCUCUUAUACGAGGAGCCCAAGUGUAAAGGCACUGAAUACGAUAUAUUCCAGUGUGACUGGAAUUCAAGACAACUUGGCUCCGGCGUCUGCGAUUACCACCCGGACCUUGGCAUUCAAUGUUUACCCCACCAUGAUGAUAAUGAAAUAAGAAACUUCGGACAACAUUGGAGAGGAUUGAGAUUUGAAAAUGCAGUCUAUGAAAGGAUAUUGACGGCUGCUAACACACUAUAUAUUCCUACUUCUAUGUCCAUACUGAAACAUGUAGUUGUAAGAAAUGCUGGAUUAGGUAGAGAUAAUAAUGCUACUAGUGCCUUAGACGUAAUAGGUGUACCUCCUGUCAUGGAAGACAUAAAAAUAACAAAUUCCGCCUUCAACGCUAUUAAUGUUACUUCUUCUAAUGCUCCUAUAGUCAUUAACAAUUGCACUAUACAAAAUAAUAGAGGAUAUGGUGUAUACGUAAAUUCCACAUACGGCAUGGCCAGAAUUGAAAACUGUUUGAUUUCCGAGAACGGCGGCGAUGGUGUUAAGUACGUUGUUCAUGAACUUGCUAUUAAUGAAAAAUUCGAUCGCAGCGAAAUAUUUGACCUCUGUACUCUAGCAUCAACUCCUAGUCAAACAUUCCCGAUACAAAUGUCCAUCGAACAAUCUAGAUACUCGAACGUGGAAAGAGAUUGUCACCAAAAAUUCUAUACCAGACCAGAUCACGUGCUCACAUUGAGCUUCUUGAAGCUUUUAACGAAUGCUAACAACACAGGAGAGAUAUACAUUUACGAUGGUUUAACUACAGAUGACAAACUAUUAUUGUCUUUCGGUAUUAGAAAUCAUACCCGCCCUCAAAGUGUUACUUCUACUAGAAAUCGUAUGUAUGUGAGAUUUCAUGCCAACACGAGAACAGAUAUUGUGGGAUUCUUACGAUUAACUUCAGGAUUGAGUAAAACCUACGACUUAAACAUUUCGGAUACAAUUAUAUCAGACAAUAAUGGUAGGGGCGUUGUUAUUGAAAACUUAAGAUCUCAAAUUCAUAUCCAUCGAACAUCAAUAUCGAAUAACAAUCACGUUGCGGGACUUCAAGUUUUGAACGGAGCAGGAGAUGUUAACGUGACAGAGAGUAGAAUAUCAUUCAAUCAAGGCGAUGGUGUAAACAUAACUGUCACUGGAGGAAAUAGAAAUAUAUCUAGAAGCACUGUGAGUUCCAACAGUGGAUAUGGAAUUGCUGUAUGGAUAAAUAAUACUAGAGAAACUGAAUAUAUUCCAAUAAAUCAAACGACCGUGAUUGAAUAUUCAGAAAUUUUUAAAAACCUAGAUGUGGGAAUAUUGCAUGGAAAUUUUUGUGGUGACAGUUGGGUUAAUUUGACUGGAAAUUGGUUCAAUUCAAGUGUUGAAAGCACUGUUGAUAUAGCAUCCUGUUGGAGGUUUAAUGAUCCUCCUAAAUUACUUCACUUACAAAUAGGUCACAAUAAAUUUUAUCAGAAUCGUCGGGUUCCAAUAAAACUACAGCCAGCAUUAAAUGUCUUAGGAAAAAUUGAGUACAAUUAUUUUGAACAUGGUGAUUACGGUGCUAUUGUUAUAAUGAAUCGCAUAGAAGGCAAAUAUUUAGAAGAAUUUGAAAUCCUUCCUUCAAGGUUUUAUAUUCAACAUAACUAUUUUUACGGCAACAGAGGUCCAUUUGUUGUCAAUCUAGGUUUAUCACCAUACAGUGACUUACAGUAUAUAUUAUUUUCAAGAAAUUAUCUUAGAGAUAACAAAAUAAGGGAACCUUUUGAACCUUUAGAAGGAAUACCCACUCGUCUCACUCCUAGAAGCAGAGUAGCAGCUACAAUUGUUUUGGCAUCAAGCAAUAUAGAUGUAUUUAGAAAUAUAAUUAAUAACCCGGAAGCACAAUACGAAAUCGGAUCGCACGUUGAGGACCAAAGUAAAAUUCUUAACUGUACUUACAAUUGGCUUGGUUUUGGAGAAGAAGAAAAAGUUUAUAAUAGACUGUUUCAUCGAAAAGAUCGCUACAAUUUGGCAAGAAUAAUUUAUAUGCCUUAUCUACUUCAUAGUAGUAAUCCUGGUGCUACACAAAUUAAUUACAACUCUUUAUUCGUUCCACAAUUUAACAUACCAGGCUCGUUUGUUGUAGGAGGCGAAGUGGAAGGUAUAGAAAUUUUAAGACAAGGUGAAUAUGACGUUGACAAGGAUAUAAACAUUAGGCCUGGGGGUAAACUAGUACUACAGUCAGGUGUUACGUUAAAAUUCCCACCAGCAAUAGGAAUGAUGAUCGCAGGUAAACUUGAAGCGAGAGGAAAACGUCCCAAUGAUAUUACUUUUACGUUAAAAGAGGAUGUUAUUAUGAGUAACGAUAGUAUUUACGAAACAGAUACUGAGGUAGAACCAACUACUCCAGGUUAUGUGGAACCAGUCAUACCUAUAAGGCUCCUGGGAGGACGAACUCAAUAUGAAGGAAGACUACAAGUGAGGCUUGAUGGUAAAUGGGGAACAGUUUGUAAUUAUGGUUGGAAUAUGAUAAAUGCUGCUUUAGUUUGUAAUCAACUAGGAUUAGCUUUAAAUCCAAGUGAUUGGUUUUUAGAGCCUAAUGAAAUUCCGAAUGCUGGUACAACUGAAGACAUUAUUCUUUCUAACGUUGAAUGUACAGAAUUCGAUAAUGAUAUAACCAAAUGUAAAGCUGAGACUGUUGAACAUUUUGAAAAUUCUUGCACACAUGAAAAUGACGUUGGACUCCGAUGUUAUGAAACAAGCUGGGCUGGUCUGAGAUUCAGUGUUAUUGCUGAGCGCUCUGAUAUGCAAUACAUAAACAUUGAAAAAGCUGGCCUGUUAGAUUAUUCCUCAAAUAUUUUCAAACCAGCCUUACAAAUUGAUUUUUCUCGGCAUGGCUUGGAAAGUGUUAAACUAUCUAAUAAUUAUCAUGAUGGUUUAGGAAUUUUAUACUCAGAUUUAUAUGGAGCCGAUGCUAUAAAUGUUAUUAGGAACUCAGAAUUUAGUAACAAUAAAGGAAGCGGAAUAAGUUUUAAGCAAUUAGGACUCAAAAUACACAGUUCAAUAAUAGAAAACAACAAUAUAGCGGGAAUUUCACAUAAUCCACAUAUUACGGGACUUCAACAGAGAGAAUUAGCCGGAUGGUUUAAUUUAGACCCAGGUUUGAAUGUUGACGAACUUAAUUAUAGACCGAUAAUGAUUCCAGAUUAUGAAACAGAUAUAAGUUUAGUAAAUGGUGAAACGCGGCAUUUGGUGUUUAAUAAACAUUAUGGAGAAAAUAUUGUCAAAACUUAUAACAUCCGAUGCAACCCAGGUUAUGUUCUUGGCUUACAACUAUUGAAUCCUAUUCAUAACUUUUCAACGGAGAGUAUUUGUAUUUUCGAUUCACAAAAUAUUAACGAAGGAAGUACUAAAUGGUGUCUAGACCGAGAUUUAUCAACUUUUCCCACUACAAGUAGUAGUUUUGGAAUUGUAUUAAAUUAUGAAAGUGGUCGAACUGCUUUAGGAGGAGUUGUUUUAGUUGUGAGCACGAUUACAGCGCCAGUACAAAACAUAAAAAAUCGAAUUGUCAAAGGCCCUGUGCCGACAUUGCAAAUAGUUAAUUCAAAAAUCAAAGGGAAUACGAAAGGCAUCAAAGCCCUUUACUAUAAUCGUUACUUAAACGAGAUGGGAGAUCACUUUUUAAGAAAAGCUAAUGAAACAAUAAAACUAUUUAAUUGUGAAAUAGCUCACAACAAAGAAGAAGCCAUUUUCGUUAACACCCCAUACUGGGAUAUCCAUGAUAGCAAUAUUACUGAAAUAACUAUAAUGGUAAACAACAGUUUGAUCACAGACAAUGGUAGAGGAAUAUAUCAUUUUGCUAGAGAUUUAAGAAGCUCGAAUAACUUGUAUCAUUACGUGCUACAAGAUAAUACAAUUGAAAGAAAUAAAUAUGGUGGCUUUGACGUCGCUCUACCUUAUGUUUGGCAAUACAAUGAGAAUUUCACCCAUUCUAUUUAUAUGUACAACAAUACUUGGAGGAAUAAUCAAAAGUUUGGAUUGGUAAUUGACGGUCAUUUUGCUGAAGUCAACAUCACUAAGAAUAUUUUUACGGACAAUGUUUGUAAAAAUGGUUUAAUUACAGUCCGAGGUAUGGAAAAGAAAAUGAAAAUCGAUGGCAAUUCUGUUCAAAGAAAUAACGGUCAAUACAUGGUCCAAUUUAACAUGGACAGCCAAAGUGAAAUAAUGGGAUUUGUGUAUGCAGUUUUUGUUUACAAUCAAAUCAAAAAUAAUUAUUAUUCGUCUACCAUCAGCAGAGGCGCAUUAUAUAAAACUUUAAACCCAACAUACGUUAUAGGCUUCAAAGGAAUACAGAAAGUAAAAGUCAGUAGAAAUCUGUUUGGAAACAACGCCUUGCAAUAUACGUUGGUAGCGGGCAUUAAAACUGCUAAAAUAGAUAAUUUAUUGGACGUGACUGAGAAUUGGUGGGGAAGUGCCGAUGAGAAAGAAAUUAAAAAACAGAUUUUCGAUUUUGAUGACUGGAAUAACCACGCUAUUGCUACUUAUCUUCCAUAUUUGCUUGAAGAUAGUUUUGAUUCAAGCGUGUCUGUAACUUUUACUACAGAGAAUUCGAUUGAUAUCGAUGCACUCGGUGGGAGAUUAAAUGCAGAUCUAACUUUGGAACCACGAUUCGCACCUUAUAUAGUAAAAUCUGAUAUCACAGUGAUGCCAGAGGUGACAUUCACUAUAAGCCCAGGUGUAAUCUUAGAAUUUGCACCAGAUGUAGGUAUACUAGUAAUGGGAACACUACGGGCGAUUGGCCUUGCGCAACACCCUAUUUUGAUGAGACCAAUAUCAUCAAACGAAAGCAGCGAAGUAAGCAAGAUUGAGAAGAGAGAAGUCGGGCAAUAUUCUUCAAGUCAUCACAAGCAUAAAAGACAAUUGGAGAAUUUGAUGGUACAAAAAUCUAUAAGGCUAUGCACGGGAAGAAAUUGCUCUAUUAAUGACAUUAAUACCGGAAACACAAACGAAGGUUUCUUAGAGUACUACAAUAAGACUACAUUGCAAUGGGUACCUAUGUGUGACAACCGUUUCACAGAGAGAAACGCCCAAGUCGUUUGUCGAGAGUUAGGAUUCGAUCCAAUUAACGUUUUCUUUGCUCACGAUCGCAGAGUAGAAUAUCAUAGCAGCUCUUUAUCUCGAAUUUGGUCUUGGCCUGAGCCUUUACAAUGCGUCGGUACUGAAUAUCGGUAUGAGGAUUGUCCGAUAAGACUAAAUGGUCAACUUUACGGACAUAGACAUGAAUGCAAAUGGGAUUCAGACUUUGUGUUCAUACACUGCGGUGAGAGAAAUUUAGAAGAAGGUCUAGAUUACUGGGGUGGUAUACGUUUUACUUACCCAGAAUUUGAGUACUCACUCUAUGAGCAUAGAAUUCAUGAUCACCAUACUCACGAAACCAUGAAAAAGGUGGAGAGUGUAUUAGAAAAUGUGCAUAUAAUGGGAGCUGGUAUUUUACACAACGAAAAGUCACCAGCUGUGCAAAGUAUAACAAAAAAUCCGAGCAUCCAAAAUGUUAACAUUACCCGAUGCGCUCAUCAUGGGAUCAACAUAAUAUCGCCUACUGAUACAAUAAACUUGAUGUCCAAUUCGAUAAACGAUAUUCUAGGUGAAGGAAUAAGCGCCAUAUCGUUAACGGGUGAAGGUAGAGAAUCGGAAGAAUCUAGUUUUACGCCUUUGAAGGAUUUAAAUCUUCCUUAUCACCUGUUUUCUGUCAUUGAUAUUUGUGACAGUUCUAAAGUAAUAACAGUAGAAGAACGCGUCCUUCUUUACUACAAGUACGAUAAUAAUCCAGUUAAUUGCGUGAAAAUCUUCAAGAGCAUGUUCCGAGUGAAACCGUUUGGUUUUCGACUACUCCAAUUUAACUUGUUCAAUCAUACAUUAAACUAUGGAAAACGUGAUUCUUUGAGUCUUUACGAUGGAGAUAUUUACAAUAUCACAGCUCCUCUAAUUGGUUACUUGGAAAAUGGUUCACCCGACGAAAAGAAACUCUUCAGGACAGAAGGUGCAAGUUUAAGUGUGAAAUUAUUUGCAAAUGGCGCUUCUUCAGUUCAUGGAUUUAUUGCCGAAGUCGUAACUCUGCCUAUAUCAGCUAUAGGACUAAAUCGUGAUGUCCAGCACAAUAUAUCAAACAGUGAGUUCAUAAAGAACAGAGAUGGCGCUAUUACGUAUCAGUCGGUCGGCGAAGUCAAUCCGUUAGUAGCGAUCACCAGGAAUGAAAUAACUGACAACUGCCUCAAGUUAUACGGCAACUUCACUACUUGUCCCGCCGCUGUCAGAGUUGAUGUGCAGAAUACACAGACGUUAGUGUUUCGGAAUAACUUGGUGAGGAAGAAUGUUGGAGGUCUGUUACUACGAGCCGAUUCCCGAGGCUCCGCCACGUCUCUCCGCGGCUGGAUACACAAUAACUUGUUCUAUGAGAACCAUGACCUGUCCUGUCUAAGAGUUGAAGGACGUCAAUCUUCUCCUUACCAAGAGGUUACUAUAUACCGUAACUACUUCACUCGUAACCGAGCUCAGUAUAAAGACGUGAUAGUGUUACAUCAGGUCGUCUCCAAUUUUACACAUAAUUAUGUGCACGAGAACACGGGACAGAGGAUCUUAGACGUCUCCGGCUUCGAUAAAGUUCGCCUGCCGAUCUACCAGACUACUUCGCAUAAUGGAUUUUACAAAAACUAUGCACUUGACCGUGAAGGACGCGCUACUGUAGUGGCCGGUACAGCAGGACAACACUACGUAGAUAAUAUUUUCUUUAACCCUGAUAAUGAUUACGAAAUGAUCACCGUCAACCGUUCUAUUGCAUUAGAACUGUGGAGGACUCGUAUUGAUGCGAAACACAAUUAUUGGAGUUACAACGAAAGCUUGGCUGUUGCCGGACGUAUCCGGGAUCGAUCCGACGACCCACUAUUACUAGAGGUAGACUUCCAGCCAUAUCACAUGAACAACCUGAGUGUGCUGGGCGGUGGCAAGUGCCCGCCCGGCUGGGACGCGGUCGCCGGUACUUGCUAUAUGUACGUCGGAGCACCUAUGACCUAUGAACAAGCGAGACUUUUCUGUUUGUCUGAUAACGCUUCAAUGCCAUACGUGAGUGGUAACUACGAGGCAUUGUACGAGUUCAUCCGGCGUCAGAGCCAAUGGUUCCAGUAUGGAGACCGCGUGUGGGUCAAUCACAUUGAUUACGUAACGCAAUGCACAUCAUUCGCCUUCUCAGCAAUAGAGAUAACAGAUUGUUAUCAGAAAAAUGCAUUUAUAUGUGAAAUUGAUCCAAAGAUAUCAAUUGACCCACUAUCAUGGCGGGGGGAUACGCUGGCUGUGGCGUUCAUCGGAGUUCUGUUGGCUGCUGUGGUGCUGGUGGGUGCUGCUCUCAUCUGUUGGUACUCCAAAUCGAAACACAGACAUUUGCAACGUUUGGAGCGGCGGAACUCAAUACGUCAAUCUUUGCAUUCAGUUCGGUCUAUCGGCAGCAUUAAUGGCGGCUUCCCUGAUAAUACAUACAGAAGAAAACAUGCACAAAUGAGUACACGUUCAACUGACACAUUGACAAAGGGCUCGGACUAUCGCAAGAUACUUGCUUCAACAACUUCCAUGGAAUCUAUGGAAAAGAGUCAAUUUAAUUCUUCCAUAGAAGACAAUCAAAGCUUCGAUAUCUAUGAAGCACACAACCCCAGCAAUGUCAUACAACUAAAACACAGUACAUUCAAUAAAAAACCAUCUCCAGAAUACUCCGUACCAGAAACAACCAGACCAUACAACUUGGGGUACCGAAAUGAAGGUUAUAAAGAAAAUUCCGGUACAUUAGAAACCCCAAUAAGUGCUACAACAGAAGAAUUACCAAUAAUUCAUCACCCAGGUGGACUUACAUCACCUGAUGAUGAAAGUUUAUCACCGAAUAACGACUCUCAAUAUUUCACAUCGGAUACGUUACCUUUGAGACCUUUAAAUACUGAUCCUUCAACUUUAAAACGAGAGUUAGAAAAAGAUGGAAAGAUAUAUGGUCCGUACGGGACCCCUAACUAUGGUGCACAGCCAAAGCUAUCUUUUCUAAUGGAGUUAAGGUCUAAAAUGCCGGAGCAACCUCAAGCAGGUGCCGUACCUACUACCACAUUUGGACAGAGGAUAGAUACACCAGAUCAGCAGCAGUUCUACGACGAUACAAUCGCGUCGACUCCACAACCUCAGUACUACGACUCACAAUCAGAGGCUCUCGCAAGUUACGACUCCAGCCCAAACUCCUCGAACACAUACCCAUCAGACCUGCACUCCAGGUCCAAGUCUGAAGCACUACUCGAAACUAAUUUCGACUUCGAUGAAACGACACCUACACCAAUGACUGAAGAUAGCCGAUCUUACAGCCAACCAUUGGAAACAGCCAUGUAGUAGUAUUUUUUUUAUAUGGCAACAUUAGAUUAGCACUAAAAAAAUGUUUCAUACAA